UUUUUUUUUCUCAUCCUCUACCUUUUUUCAUCAUUUCCAUUAAAAUGACUAUAUCACCCCAAGAUAACAACAAUACUACUGCGACUUUAGAUAGUUUCUUGAGUCACCGACCUGAUGCUCAAGAACUAGUGGAUAGGAACAUUAUGAAAGAUCCAAAGUUAGCACCUAGUCUUCAACAACAAGCUGAAGAUUUAGCCAAACAAAAGGUACAAGAUUCUCUUCGGCAUAAAAUUGAUCAUCGUCCUACUCGAGAAGAAUUAAUUGAACAUAAUAUUUUGAAAGAUAGUGAUGUAGCACCCGCUCUUCAAAGACCUCAAGCGGAACUUGAACGAAGUCGACUUGAAGAUAAGUUGGAACACAAAAUCUCUGAUCGUCCCAAACCAUCCACUUUGAUCGAACAAGGCAUUCUUCCCGCUGAUCAAGCACCUCCUCAGUGAUGAUACUAUUGAUAAAUAUUCUUUUUCUUUUUUUUUUAUCAAUUUAUGUUAGUUUAUAUGUUACCACUCUUUUAUUUAUUUAUUCCAUUAUCUCUAUUGAAAUAAAAAUGAUGACUGCUUCAUUACUCGAUAAAA